UUUUACCAAGUCACAAAGAGCAUAUGUCAAACAGGCAGGCUGCUGAACAGUUCACCAGCAGUUUGUCACCUCAGUCUGACUGACAGCAGCUUGUCAUCUCUCUUCAUUAAACAUGGAUUGUGCGUUUGAUAACCUGGAUGCAGCCGGUUUCCUGGAAAUCUGGCAACACUUUGAUGCAGAUGAUAACGGCUACAUUGAGGGCAAAGAGCUUGAUGAGUUUUUCCGUCACAUGAUGAAGAAACUGGGUCCAAAGGAGAAAGUGACUGAAGAGCAGGUUCAGACACUGAAGCAGAGGUUCAUGUCCGCCUAUGAUGUCACUGCUGACGGGAAACUACAGAUUCAGGAGUUGGCCAAUAUGAUCCUCCCUGAAGAUGAGAACUUCCUGUUAAUCUUCCGCAGAGAAGCUCCUCUGGACAACAGUGUUGACUUCAUGAAGAUAUGGAGGAACUAUGAUGUUGACAGCAGUGGCUACAUAUCGGCUCAGGAGCUCAAGGCUUUCCUCAAAGACCUGUUUCAGCAGCACUGCAAGGAGGUGCCAUCUGACAAACUGGAGGAUUACACUGACACAAUGAUGAAAAUCUUUGACAAAAACAAGGAUGGCCGUUUGGAUCUAAACGACCUGGCCAGGAUCUUGGCUUUAGAAGAGAAUUUCCUGCUCCGGUUUCAGAUGGACGCCUGCGGUAAGGACGACAGGAAAAGAGAUUUUGAGAAGAUCUUUGACCAUUAUGAUGUUAGUAAGACAGGAGCGCUGGAGGGUCCUGAGGUGGACGGCUUUGUCAAAGACAUGAUGGAGCUGGUCAGACCGAAUAUCACCGGUUCUGAACUGGACAAGCUGCGAGCCGUUCUGCUGCGUCACUGUGACGUCAACAAGGACGGAAUGAUCCAGAGAAAUGAACUAGCUCUGUGUCUGGGAGUCAAACCUAAUCCUUAAAGAUGUGCUAUGAUGUUCGGAAACUCACUCUGCGUUUGUUGUAUAAUCAAUAAUGCUAGAAUGCUUUGCCUUGAUUCAGAUCAGGCUGAGGUUGUUUAAGGUCAAUAUUCAUAAAGUGUUAUUUGAUCCUGAAUAUGAUAUAGAUAUCAAAUUAUAUUGUGUUCUACGAUUUUGAAUAGAGCAUGCUUUAGGGCUAAAAGGAAACAAUUAGACGUGAAUGUUUUAUGCUGUCUGGUGUUUUGCAGUGUAUUAAUCAGUUUGUCAGUGAAUGUGUCAGUGUAGCUUUUGAAAACAAAAUUAUUUUCAUUGUAAUAUAAAGUGUUGUUCUUUAAAGAGCUGCAGUACGCAGGCCAUCGCUGACGUUUGGUCACUUGCAUGUUCCUCUGCAAAAAUACAUUUUUGUCAUUUUAAAAACUGAGCUGUUGAGAAAAUAAAACGAGGAUGAAGAUGAA